UCCGGAAGUGACUCCCCGGAAGGAGCGUAGCUGCUUUCCUGAUCCGGCCAAACGCUGCGUGCUCAGCCGCUGUCGCCAUGCAGUCAGAUGAUGUUAUCUGGGAUACACUAGGAAACAGGCAAUUUUGUUCAUUCAAAAUAAGAACCAAGACUCAGGGCUUUUGCAGAAAUGAAUAUAGCCUGACUGGACUGUGUAAUCGGUCAUCCUGUCCCCUGGCAAAUAGUCAGUAUGCUACUAUCAAAGAAGAGAAAGGACAGUGCUUCUUGUAUAUGAAGGUUAUAGAACGAGCAGCUUUUCCUAGGCGUCUCUGGGAACGGGUCCGGCUUAGUAAAAACUAUGAGAAAGCAUUGGAGCAAAUAGACGAAAAUUUAAUUUACUGGCCCCGUUUCAUUCGACAUAAAUGUAAGCAGAGAUUUACCAAGAUAACCCAAUACCUAAUUCGAAUUAGAAAGCUUACGCUAAAGCGACAGAGGAAACUUGUUCCUUUGAGUAAAAAAGUGGAACGAAGGGAGAAAAGAAGAGAGGAAAAAGCAUUAAUUGCUGCUCAGCUGGACAAUGCCAUUGAAAAAGAAUUACUGGAGAGACUGAAACAAGACACGUAUGGCGACAUCUACAACUUCCCCAUUCAUGCCUUUGACAAGGCUCUGGAGCAACAGGAGGCAGAGAGUGACUCUUCAGAUGCUGAGGAAAAAGAUGAUGAGGAAGAUGAUGAAGAUGUAGGGAAAAGAGAAUUUGUGGAAGAUGAUGAGGUGGAUGAGAGUGAUCUAAGUGAUUUUGAGGAUAUGGAUAAACUGGAUGCCAGCAGUGAAGACGACCAGGAUGAUAAAUCCUCCAGUGAGGAGGAAGAAGAAAAGGCCCGAAAUUUGAAACACAAAGGCAAAGCACCCUUGAAAGGAACUCUGCAGAGAAAACGAGCCUAUGUAGAAAUAGAGUAUGAGCAGGAGACAGAGCCCAUUGCCAAGGCCAAAACCACAUGAUUUCCAUUUGUUUAUUUUCAGGACU